AUGGCUCACAGAGCUUCCUCUUUCCUUCCACUUGUUCUCAUCUCCACUAUCCUCCUUGUCACGGCAUGGCAAGGAGUUUCUGGACGCAGCAUUGCUAAGAACUCCAACACUGAGGACAAGAAAGAGCCUGAAUGGUUGUUCAAGUCUGAUGGUAGAGUGUAUAUUCCAGGCAUUGGAAGAGUAGGAUUUCCACCUAAAUAUCGGCUUACACCUCAAAAUCCAUUUACUGGUGGCAGUGGAGGAGCAGGAACAGGAAUAGGAACAGGAGCAGGAAUAGGAUCAUCACCACCAGGUCGCAAUUAUGUCCCAGGUGGCGAUGACACGUUUGUCCCAAAUCCUGGUUUUGAGGUUCCAAUUCCUGGAAGUGGGGGUAGAGUUCCAGGAGUAGUUCAUCCAUGACUUUACUCAUGCAUGAUUGUAAUAGCUAGACUUAGUUUGUAAGCCUAUUAUGCUUAAGAUCGACUUUUUCAGCUUUCUAGCCAUAAAUAAGUGUGCUCCAUGUACACACUUCUAUUCUGCUACUUGGUAUGGGCACUAUGGACUUCUAAGUCUUUCAGCUCUUUCCUUGUAGCAUUAUUUGAAGCCGAAUUAAGUAUUAUGUAAGUUUAAUUGUUCUUCUAAGUAGCUGCUGAUUGUG